GUGAUGUGGUCGUAUUUUAGUUUCGUAGGCGUUUUAUUCAAUUCUAAAUAAAAGAAAAGAAAAUAGGACUACUACCAUGGGUACGACAGGCCAGUCGAUCACGCUGGCUAAUAGUAUUAUAGGCGUUGGAAUCCUGGCGAUGCCGUUUUGUUUUCAAAAAUGUGGAGUUUUACUAGCUACACUAAUAUUACUGUCGAUGGGGCUCGUGUCCAGACUCUGCUGUCACUUUCUGCUCAAAUCUGCACUUCUGGCUCGGAGAAGAAACUUUGAGUUUCUGGCAUUCCAUGUGUUCGGGUCUGCGGGCAAGAUGGCGGUGGAGCUGGGCAUCAUCGGCUUCCUUAUGGGCACCUGCAUAGCUUACUUUGUGGUUGUUGGAGACCUGGGACCUCAGAUUAUUGCUAAAAUGUUUAACAUCAAUCAGAGUGACAUACUCAGAACAUCCAUAAUGGUGAUAGUGUCACUGGUGUGUGUGCUGCCCCUUGGUCUUCUAAGGAAUGUGGACAGCUUGAGUAAUGUUAGUGCAGCCACUAUUGGCUUCUACUUCUGCUUGGUUAUAAAGGUAAUAUCAGAAGCAACAUCGCAGCUCCUGACGUCAGAAUGGGGCGCCGUGGAGCACUGGAAGCCGGAGGGCGUCUUGCAAUGCGUGCCCAUCUUCUCUAUGGCGCUUUUCUGUCAGACGCAAUUGUUCGAGAUCUUCGAGUCCAUGCCGACGCUCUCCUUAGAGAAGAUGAACGUGGUGACCAAGAACGCUAUAAAUAUCUGCACAGCGGUAUACUUCACGAUCGGCCUUUUUGGUUACAUUGCAUUUAAUAAACACGACAUUUCUGGCAAUAUCCUCAUGAGUUUAAGUCCGACCAUGGCGAGUGACGUCAUCAAGCUGGGCUUCGUAAUGUCGCUCGCCUUCAGCUUCCCCCUCAUCAUCUUUCCCUGCCGCGCCAGCUUGUACUCUUUCCUCUACAGAAAGGUCCACCCAUCGCAGCACGACCACAUAAUAAACCACUCGAUCCCCUCGGCGACGUUCCGCUGCAUGACCGUGGCCAUCAUAGCCACCGCGCUGUCCGUGUCGCUGCUGCUGCCCAACAUCGAGCUGGUGCUGGGGCUGGCGGGCUCCACCAUCGGCGUGCUCAUCUGCGUCGUGUUCCCCACAGCUUGCUUCCUCAACGUCACGUUUAAGAACACCAACGAAAGAGUUCUAGCUAAGGUAGUGCUAGUACUGGGUCUGGGCAUCAUGGUGCUCGGCACUUACGCCAACCUGCAAGCCGCUGAACAUGCCCCCGACAAGUACGACACUAUCACGCAGGAGCGUAUCGACAAGAUCGUCGAGGACUUCUUCCAGUCCAGGCAGUUGGAGGAUGGCGGUAUCAUCAACGCAGCACCGAAAAUCGAAAUCGAUAAUGUUUCAAAAGAGAAUGUGAAGCACGGCAAAGAAAAAGUCGCAGACUCGGAAGUGCAACCGCCCAAUCCGGUUCCUCCAGAAUCACAACCUGAUGAGGCGCCGAAGGAUCCUCCACGUCCCGAGAUAGUCAGGAAGAGGCCUGAAACAUCAGAGAAGCAGCAAGAAGAUACAUCCAAACAAGUCAAGCAAGAAGCGGACAAAGUUUCAGAGACGCAUCCAAGGAACUUAAAAAUAACAGAGGAAAAACGUUCAAACGGUGACACAAAACAGGAACAAAAGAUAGAUUCGCAAUUGAAAGAAGAAAUAAAACAAAUGAACAAUCAACAGAAAAUUGAUCUUCUCAAACAAGCGCAACUAGCAGAGACCAUCAAGCAGCAUGGAGAAGAACAGAAAGAGCUAAUCAAAGAGCAGAAAGAAAUUCUAGAUAAUAUUAUUAAGACCAAGCAAGAGAUACAGCAAGAUAAAGAUGAAGCGAAGAAAAUUGCAGUGGAAAGUAUUAAGAAGAUUGCAAAUGUUGCGAUACAGAGUUUAACUGCUGUCUCUGAAGAACCUUUGGAAGGUAAAUUAGAGCCUGAAAAUACUGCCAAUGAGGCAGUGAAGAAAAUAGCUGAUGUAGCCGUUGAAGCCAUUAAGGAAAUAAAAGACAAACCGAUAGAAGCCCUGCCUUUACUCAACAACAUUGCAGCUCAACUCCCUGAAGUCGGAAUACCACCAGUACAAAAUAGUGUAAAUGAAGUGAAACAAAAUGAACCAGUUGCUCAAAAUCAUGUACAAAAUGUUUUGAAUCCAGCCAAAUCACAAGAUAUACUUUUGGAAAAUAGUAAAAUAAAGCUAGAUCUAAAUAACAAUAUCAUCCUACCUGCAGUACAAAAUCAUAAUAUACGGGAAAAUAAUAAUGUCGUCGCGGAAAAUAAUAACCUAAAUAAACCUCAAGAAGUCAAUAAUGUUCCACCGAUAGUUCAAAACCCUGUAGUAGAAAAUAGUAAUCCAGUGGAAAAUAAACCUCUAAUACUAACCAAUAACAAUGUGCCUAUACAAGAAACUAACCAUAAACAAAGUCCUGAAGUACCAGUAGAUCAAAAGACACAUUCACAUUCACCAGAUGAACCACAGUCUUACAAACAAGGAGAGGAAUUGCAGAAAAAUUCGAACGUACAAGCGAAUAUGCUAAACAUACCUUUACCACUUGCAAUUAAUGGACUUAAAUCAGCCGAAGUCAAACAAGAGGUUGCGAAUAAACCUAUAGAUAUUCAAAACGGUGCUAAACAACCAAAUAAUGAUGUAGAAACUAAUGAAAAAUCAAGACAGAAACGAGAAGCAUUAGAUUGCUUGAAUAAAGCUACAUUAAGGGCAGAAGAUAAAGAAGUGUGUAAGAGUUUAGUAGAUUCACCAGAGAUACUGCCAAAUGUAGACUUGAAUGAGCUACCAAAACUGCCUGUAGACUUAAAUAUGGUGCAUCAGAUAAGAUCUCUGAAAAGUUACGAUGAAGAGAAACGAAGGUAACAAAAGAUACUAGUAAUAUGAAACAUUUCGAGUUAAAUGUUCCUCUUGAAGAGAUAUUUGUCCGAGAUUAUAAACUAGUUUUUCUAACAACAUAUUUAUCAGUGUGCAAUGUGUAAGGUUUAGUCAUAGUAUAAAUGAAUGUAUCAUCGUUUCACCGCAUUUUAAAUUAAUUUGAAGUGAUCGGCGCGCGAUUGCAAAAGAUUUUCACUUUAAACUUAUCUUUUUCCUUAUAACUUUUCUGUUCAAUUUAGAAUGCGAAAAAACCCGCUGCUGUCGCUUCCCGACGGUAUUCAAAUUCUACUUUAAUUGUCAGUUUUCUGACAUUUUGUUAUACAUUUUCCUUGUUCGCUGUUACGAUUGGCAUUUAUCAUUAUCUCUUAAAAUAUCUAUCGUCACAGUGAUAUUUCCAUUUAUAGAAUAAGCAAAUAACACGUAAACCAAAAGAACACUGGAAUUAAAAAAGAUACACCUAUGUGACUUCAUUAAAAGUGUUGUAACUUUUUUGUUAUUAAUUAAAAACUUAUGAUAGAAUAGAACAUAAAAAUAAUGGAAACGAUGAUACGCUGUUAUAAACAUCAGACUUAUCAUAUCACGUAAAUUAUUAUACAUUACAUCAAGCGUAAGACGUGCAUUUAUUAUAUUAAUUUAUUGUUAUUGCUUUAUGUUUGUGCUCUAUUUUGAAUAUUAAGAUAUAAAAUAUACUAAGCAUUAUGUAAUAAGAUUUUUGACAUGAUCUCGUACGCUGUUUUUCUAAAUUUAUCAUAAAAUACAGUUUGGGAACCUUUUACAAAGAUUACUAAAUAUAGUUAUGCGGUUAUUACACUGAUUUGCACACCGCUUUGGUGUAUGAGUGAGACAGCAGUGGCGUUGCUAGGCGUAGGCGAAUGGGGCCUUCGCUCACGGCCUCGCACCUAGCUUAGGGGGCCUCGCAACCUUUUUAUUACCUUAGGAAAAUACAUUGAAAAGGGCCUCGCAGAUGUGGUUUGCGCCAAGGGCUAGAUCGGUUCACGCUACUCUAUUUACAGAGACAGCGCUAUGCGAUGGCCUUCCUGCUCGCACACAAGAGCGGCGCGCGAUUUGUAUCCACUGUGAAAACCGCUUUAAACACGCAUAAAUAAAACGAUAAGUGUUUGCGUUCUGUAUACGUCGAC